GAUACUUGUCAAUAGGGUUGCACCCAAGAUAUUGCAUUUGCAUGACAAUUUGGAUCUGCUUUUUAAUGCAUCGUUAUGGCUCACCAAAGGACCCAGUCCACAGCAGAAGGUGUUAAGCAUCCCCAUUCUGUCAGUCUCAAAGUUCUCAGGCUGGCCCGGCCCUCUCUCCCAGACCAAUAUCCUCUCCCGCGAUCGACUGAGUCAGAUAUCUCGAUACCUAUAUCGUCUUCUCUCUCAUAUCCUUCAGCGCCAGAUCAAGACGCGACGCCUUUUACGAUCGGCGAGAACCUGCAGUUACCGUCCUCUUUCGGCGCAGCUUAUGUGGGCGAAACAUUCGCAUGUACAUUAUGCGCGAACAAUGAGCUCCCGUCAGCCGUCUCGCCGAAUGCUUCGCUAAGCGUCUCUGGCAUAAGGAUCACGGCAGAGAUCCAGACUCCCGCACAACCGAAUGGAAUAGGGCUUUCGUUACAAGGGACAGGCGAAGACGCAGGACCGGGUGAAAGCGUACAGCGAGUGCUCAAGUAUGAGCUCAGUGAGGAGGGAAACCAUGUACUCGCCGUGACAGUUACAUACUCAGAAAUCCUUCGAUCGAGCGAUGGGCUUGGUGCUGGAGGAGGCGGUGCCAGUGGUGGAAGAGUACGGACAUUCCGAAAACUGUAUCAGUUUGUUGCGCAACAACUCCUGAAUGUCAGGACGAAAGCAGGCGAUCUUCCGCCGUUAAUAGAGGGUACGGGUGAGAAGAAGAUCGAGCGAGAGAGAUAUGCAUUAGAGGCACAGUUGGAGAACAUGGGACAUGCUGCUCUUAGUCUAGAGGCCGUCACGAUCAAUCCUAACCCGAUAUUUAAAACCACUUCAUUGAAUUGGGACUUCCCGUCUCAUCCAGCCGCAUCAGCGGUACCGCAUAAUCCAAUUCUGAAUCCACGAGAUGUCCUACAGGUCGCCUUUCUCCUGGAAGAACAAGCACUAGAAUCGAUUGAUGCGACGUCCGAGGGUAUUUCUGCUCCGGUGCCGAAAUUGCCUCCUGGUGAUCAACGAACAGUACUUGGACAGCUCGCGAUUCAGUGGCGAGGUUCAUUAGGCGAUCGUGGAUCCCUGCGAACAGCAUGGCUUUUGAACAGAAGGUGAUGUAAUCCUGAUUCGUCUAUAUGAUAUGUCAUCUAUGUGCGCGGUUUACAACAAAUGACCCCCAAACUCGCCGAAUUGGUAUCCAAAAACA